CGUAAAGGCGUAAAUUUGCUAGUGCUCUAGCUAAGGGACUAGGUGAGGAAAUCGAUCGCGAGGGAUAUCGCCGGCGAGCAGCCACCAGCCCGCCACCACACGACGAUAUGCCAAGGAAAGUGCCCCGCGAAGCGGCCGCAGCGUCGACCACGCAGCGCACCGGCAAAAAGUCGAGGCUCACCUCCGCCGUGUGGGUUCACUUCGUCUACAACGCUUCUGACUCCACGGCGACGUGCAGGAAGUGCGGCGCUACGCUGUGCGCCGGCGGCAAGAAAGGCACGUCGCACCUGAAACGGCACACCAAGACCAAGAGAUGCAAGACCCGCGCCGCGGAGCAGCGGCGGCUACUGACGGCGCCUGCUGCCGCUGAAACUUCCCCCGGCAAACAAGAGCACUACUCUAUGUCGACGAAGGUCGCCGAUGAGGAGGAGGAGGAAUUCUUUUUCGUGGAUGGCAUCAAUAUUCCUGAGCUCUUCGACGAACUCGACGCCAAGGGCCUAGUGUUCAUUGACCAAGACAGCCAGGCUGUAGGCGCGGGCGAUGCGCAUUUCCGGCCCAACUUGCCUCAAGCAGCCAAUUCUUCAUCUAGGCGGUUCUUCGAAACGACGAAAGCAAGGCAAGUACGCCCGCCACAAUUUUUUUUAUCGUCGAUCGUCUAUGCUUGCAAUAUUUAGAUUAUAGCAAUUAAAUUUGAUAACCACUUGAAGUUGUAAGCAUUCAUGAACUGAUGAACCCCACUUGUAACAACGAAUUCUGGAAGAAAUUUACGCAUUAAAUAGUCAGUCAACCAGGCUACAAUUUAAGACUAACAAUUAGUCUAGCAAUACAAAAGUUUUGUGAUACAAAAAUGGUACUAUUAGAUUUGAAUUUAAAAGUAUCUUCCUAUUAAUAUAAUUUUGUUAAUACAAAUAAUAUAAUAUAAGAGUAAUUUAUGGUCAAAAUUUUAUUUUGAAGAUCGCGCCCGGUCAAAUCGCACCCUGUAUUUUGAAAUGGAGGAAGUAAAUUUAAAUCUGUUUGGUAUUAACAUUGCACGGUCGUUGAAUUCAACAGGAGAAAGACGGGAAGCAAGAAGCAAUGCGUACCUAACGAGUUCAGCCAAGACCUGCUGUCUGCACAGCGAGACUUCAGUUUCAGAGAAAAGCGGAUGUUGGCCAAUUCGGCACCGUUUCAGAGAGCAGGGCCAACGGAUGGUGAGACCACGGCAAGCGAAGACUAUUCUGAUGCAAACGACAAUUAGAGAACGGCGGUUUCUACCGAUAGGCGGCGAUGCACUUUCACCACUUCUACACUACUGAUUGUGCAUUGAGAUUUGUGCUACGUAUGAUGUAUCUUUGUCAAAAAAAAAAAAUUGAAAAGGUGUAGCUCAUCUCUGGUGCAUUUUCAGUGGUGUAGGAUAACGAGCGAGGCUGUAUGUUUAACAUAGGGGCACAUUUGCUUUCCUCUCAAUUCGGAAGUCAACCUCCAUUCAGAUUCGAAUUGGAAUGGUUAAUUAGAGAGGAUUUCUAUGAGAUGGUUGCUAAUAUUUGGCAGAAGGACCAUCGGGGAAACAACGCUAUUGAGAUAUGGCAAAAUAAAAUUAGAGCCCUCAGGCGAUAUUUGAGGGGUUGGGCCAAGCACACUUCUGGAAUUUUAAAGAAAGAAAAGAAGCAGCUAGCCAAUAAAAUUGAUGAACUCGAUAAGAAGGCGGAAACAAUACCCUUAUCACCAAAUGAGGUGGCUUUCAAACAUUACCUCAAUGAGAGGCUCACACGUCUACUGCGAGAAGAAGAGCUCAAAUGGUAUCAGCGUGCCAAAGUGAAAGAGCUUCUUGAGGGUGACAAUAAUACCAAAUAUUUCCAAUUGGUUGCGAGUGGUAAGCACCGGAAACAACGGAUAUACAAAUUAGAGGAUGAGAAUGGGUCCCGUAUCAGAGAACCUGAACUCAAAAAGUAUAUCACCAAAUACUACAAGGGUUUAUUUGGUAAGCCAGAGCUUAAUAGUUUUGCUUUGGAUGAAUCUAUUACAAAUGACAUACCCCAAGUGAGUGAGCAAGAAAAUACAAUACUCACUGCAACCUUCACUGAAGAUGAGGUGCGAUGAGCAAUCUUCCAAAUGGAGCAUAAUAAAGCUCCUGGGCCAGAUGGCUUCCCGGCUGAAUUUCACCAAGUUUUCUAGGAGGUGAUCAAGGGUGAACUCAUGAAUUUGUUCACUGAUUUCCAUCAAGGGCGAUUAGCUAUAUACAGUUUUAAUUUCGGCGUUAUAACGCUAAUCCCCCCAAAAAGGGAAGCGCUGAAAAUUCAAAGUACCGACCUAUUUAUCUGCUAAAU